AUGCCCAGCCAGGGUGUACAACCCAAGGACAGUGCGGGGCUGGUCCCUACCAACAACUUGGCUCUGCACAAGGAAGACCUCAGCAGCAAGAUUACAGAACAAAAAAGGCAGCAAUAGAACAGCAACAUUUUUCUUGCAGAUUGAACAGAAAUGCUUUCUGAAAGCAAAAAUAUAUUGGAUGAGCUGAGGAAAGAAUACCAAGAAAUAGUAAACUCAGAGAAGACCAAAUCAAGAAAUAGUAAACUUAAAUUUGCAUAG